UCCCUCCGGGUAUCUGGUCAUGUAGUUUUUGGUUUGAGAUUUUCUGUCCCCACACGGACAUCGUGUAGGUGAAGGGAAAUAGCCAAAAUGAUUUAUGGUACUUUUGUUUUGUUCUGCUGUUGUUAAAAUUUAUUAGAGUCUCUGUCAAAUAAAAUAGAUUUUUUUAUGAAUGAAUGUACUAAGAAUCCCUGCUCACAUUAUAGUCACACAAACCUGCCUCUGUCAUUUAAUCUUACUCUCAGGAUGAACAGCUUAUUAAGUUGUCAUCUACUGUCUCCUCUCCUCUCCUCUAGGCCUUUUGGAGGACGAGCGUUUGGCCAGUGCUCAUCAGGCUGAGGCCUUUACGCGCCAGAUCCAGAAUCUACAAGCUCAGCUGCGCUCUGUACAGGAGGAGAUGGACAGCCUGGAAGAGGAGAAGGAGAGUGAGCUGGCCGAGGCCCAGGAGGAGCUGCGUGUUGCUCAGGAGGAGGUGAUGCUUCUCCAACAUGCAGCGGAAGAAGCGGCAGCAGAGAGGGAGAAUGACAUCGCCUCGCUGCAGGAGGAGCUGUGUCGCCGGCGGGCCGAGCUGCAGCGCCUCAGCGACGAGACCCAGGAGUACGAGCUGGAGAUCACCACGCUGAGGGCAGAGAUCAGCAUGAAGAGUCAGCGAAGGGAGGCUGAGAGGAGAGAGGGUGACGUGGACCUGCUGAAGGAAGAGUGCCGUAUGCUGCGGGAGGAGUGUCAGACCCUGAAGGAGGACAACAGACGUCUCUCUGAGAGGCUGCAGCUGCUGCAGAGACAGAGGACAUGCUCCAGCGUCUAUCUCUCACUGAAAGAGGAGGACGCGGGUGAGGACACAGAGGGGAAGGAGAUGGAGACGGGCACAGAUGAGGUCAUGACAGAGAGCUACAUGACCAUGGCCCAGUCUGCGCAGAGUCGCCUGGUGGACGCUUCCAUCCAGAAAAAUAUCUCCUUCGAUGGGAAGCCCGUGACACCAACCGCCUGGAACGGAGGCGUCGGGGAGAUCUUCUCCCUGAGGGACCAGCUCAAACAGGCGGAGGAGAAGGCCUCACAGGUUCAAAGAGAGUGCGAUGGUCUGAAGACGGAGCUGCAGGAGCUGCAGGUGCUGUACGACAGUAGCCAGAGGGAACGAGCCGAGCUGGAGGAGGAGUUGCAGCGCUGCAAGGCAGAGCUGGAGAAGUUGUCAGGGGGUGCUCAGAGAUUCAUCCAUCCAUCUGAGCACCCUGUUCUCUCCAUCCCCUUCAUAGGAAUGAUUGUUAUAGUGGCUGUGGUCUGGUGCUGGUUGUCGGAGCUGGCGUCCCAGAGAGUAAGGGGAGUGAGGUAGGUUGGAACUCCAUUUUGACUAUCACUGCAGCCACAGCAGUGCUACUAAUGAUGACUAGCUUGUUGAGAGCCCUCGCCCGAAGUUGACUGGAUGGGCAACAACUGCGCGGGGACAGACGUCUGCUUCAGACCAGCCCUCUUUUGCUCCGGCCACGUUACAGGCUGAAGUGACAUUCUCUACAUAGAAUAAUAGAGCUGAGUAGAAAGUGUGUUGCACAUGCAGACUCGGACGAGGGAGCAGCCACGACGGCGACGACGGCGACCUGCAGAGAGCCCACGCGAGGACUGAUCUCACUCCACUAAAUGUAUGCUAGUGUUGUGUGUUCUCCUGUGUGUCUGUGCGUGUACUUUUUCCUCUCCUCCACUUAUGGAAUUAAGAUGAUUAUUAAUGUGCAACGAAAUGGCUUUCAGUUUAUUUAACAAUUAUUUAUUUGUUUGUUUGUUUGUUUAGAUAGAGUUUGUGGCUGUCACAUGAAUAUAUGCCCUUAUACGUCAAUAGAAAGAGCAGUUUUUAUUUGUUGUUAUCGAGUUUCAACCUGUGACCAACUUACCCCAAAAUAAUGCACUGAAUGCAAACUCCCCAGUCUGCUGCCCCGGCACUAUAAUCUCUUUCUAUUACAAACAACUGUAUGCUAAUGCAGGUAGAACAGCACCUGCCAAUUUAACUGUAUAUGUAAAACCAAUAUUUAACAGGACGUCAGCCUCUGUGGGUGAAGACAGCACAUCGUCGCUUGAUGUGUGCUUAUUCCGUUUUUUUUGCUUUGCAUCGAGCUCCAUCUGUCCGCUUGCUUCGGCGUUGUCUUGCUGUCUUGACUCUGAUAACAGACGACUCCCACUUGUCUCCCUUUAAUUAUCAUUUAACCAAGAAGCCAGAAAGUCGGCGCAGUGUUUCUGAUUCAUCUGGUCGGCUCAUGGCACUGAGCGCUCACACACCCACAGCUGCACAGUUACACUUCAAACACAGUUUGCAGUAGCAGUCAACGUUUAUCUCAGCGACUCUGACAGCGAAUUCCGAGACGAGUUGGAUAAAUAAUUUUCUUGACAAUUCGCUGCCGCCGUCGUUUACUUCAUGUGACAAACCGUAGAUCACAUCUGACCAGUGUGCAUGUGGUCAAGCCCAGAUGAAGGAAACGGUCAUUCUUAUUUAACAACGAGGGCAAUGUUUUAUGUCAAUUUUGAAAUUUGUCUAAGCAUUAAUCACAAAAAAUAUAUACAUAUGUGGAAGGACUCUGAUUAUUGUUUACAUUUGUGAAACCUUUUUUUGUGAAAUAAUUCUAGGACUGAGAAAAGCAUGCUACAAAAUGCAUAGAAGCACAAUAUGCUGUAUAAUUUAUGUUGUUUAAGCUGACAAUGUUACCGUUAUAUUUUCGUGUAAAUAGAUGUGACACAAUAGUACUAUGGGAGCGAGAGGUUUCUUAACUCCAUUUGUACUCCGUUUUUAGAAAGUUUAUUCUUCUGGAAAGAGCACCGUAUAUUUGAUAGCCAAAUAAUUAAUGUUUAUUUAUGGUAAUACUAUUAACAAGCCCUUCCAGCAUCGCUAAUCACUUAUGUACCUCUAAGCACAAAGGUCACAUAGGCAUUGCAUUCAUUUAGAUUACAUUUGACUUUGGGAAACGGAAAAAAAAACUCCUGCUUUUUCCAGUAUGUUACAUUUCAGAAAUGCAGUGAAAGUCAUUUUUUGAAACGUGCUAAUUAGAAACUUAACAAUCAAAGCAUGACCACUUUUCUUGCAUUUACACAUACGUCAUUUGAAACAGAAAUGAAUUCCCAUUGACUGCAAUAGUGCAUAUGAAUAUAUGAAUGUUUGUUGGAUUUGGGAAUAUUUAUUAUCGUCUUUGAGCUUACGCCAUGAAUAUUUAACUUAAUCCUACGAGUCUAUGUUGCACAGUGUUGCUCAGCUUGCUGCUUUAUAUAUUGAUAGCAGUGAUGUUUUAAAUAUAAUUGUGGCUAUUUUGUUACCUGGAGGUCUAUUUUGUACUGUAAAUGAUUUGAAAAUAAAUAUGUCCAUCUCA